UAACGAAUUUUAUAAUGGUCCAGGAUGUAGGACUUAAAUCAGGCAUCAAUAAACAGAAUAUUACAUAUCGGUACAUUAAUUUUAAAGAUUUGUGAAUGAUGUGGUAUCAAAAUAAGUGGUGUCAAAAUAAAUCUUAAUAAAAAUAGAGCUAAGUGGAUGAAUUGGACUCAACUUGAUUUUCUGCCUAAUCUUUACUACAAUCUAAAUAAUAAACAAAAUCAUUCCUAUUUAAAAAACCGUUUAAAUAGCAAAUAAAAACAAUUUAUUAUCAACAUCUUUGUGCAAAUAACAAUUUUAAAUUUUAUCACGAAACAUUAAUUAAUGUUUUGUUCGAAAUUUCUCACGGUGGCAACAUCGCGCUCGAUCGGCUGCGUGUGAGCACGAUGAAAAAUAUCAACACAUGCAUUUUAUUUAUAAUAAUUGGUAAUUUCAAUCACAGAAUAGGGAUUCAUGCGAAAAACGAAACGGACCUUACGGAAGAUUAUUUCGAACAAGAAGCUAGAAGGGAUGUAGAGAAACUGUUAGCUAAGAUAAAAUCCCUACGAAAUGACUCAAAUAUCAAUAAUGAUAAAGAAAAUAAAACUCCACAAAGAUUAAUUGACAAAAACAUUAAAAAAAUUAAACCAUUGAGAAAGUCUAUCUUUGGAAACGGAGCCCGCAGGAGCAUGCCCAAUGACCCUAAUGCUCACGACCAGAAUCAAGUUUACAAUAUAAUGUACCAAUUGUCUCAAGGCAAUCCUGUUAAGAAAGUACGUAUGAAAAAUGGUGAAAUAGUACCUGAUUCACUACGUAAAAGUUAUAUGAAUGUAAAACCUGAGAUAUAUCCUGCAGACAAUACAUCUAAUGAAAGAGAUGAUCAAGAGGAAACUGUAUUAGAAGUAGAUAACGGUAACAAUGUACGAUAUUCACGUAAUGAAAACGAAUUUGAGAAUAUUAUGAGGAGUUCUAAUAAUGGAAAUACAUUCCAAGCUUAUGAACCAGCAAGAGCAAGAUCCUAUCUACCUUUAUCAGCAAAUUUGGAAAAUUUUAAUAAUUUGUUCCACCGAUUCAACAGAAAUGGUCACAAAAAUGUGAGAAAUAGACCAGAGAAAGAGGAAUCCGGUACUAAUGAUCAUAAUCCCUAUUUACGAUCCAAUUCACCAAUGAGCGAGAGAGACAAAGAAGUUUUGGAUGCAACUAAUGAUGAUUCAAAUGAAAACAAUCCCAAAAGAACUAAGGUAACAGUUUUACGGACGGACGUAAGCGAUGAAGCGAUGUAUGCAGAUAUUAACGACCAAAUUGAUGAAUUCGUAAAUAAUUUUAAUGAUGACAAAAACGAAAAUAAUAUGCAACGAACUGUUAAAUAUACAGAGGAUCAAGAUGCACAGCCUAACGACGAAAAUCGAACGAGAAGAGCCGCACGAACACAAGCAGGGUACACUCAAGACCCAGACACUUGCAAAACUUACAACGAAAACCUCGUAAAACUCUGGUCUAAUCUGUCGAAAUACCUUAAUGUCACUGAACAACCUGACGAACUUGCCCUACACAACAUAGCAAUGAUGGUACAAGCAUACCUAGAACACCACACACCACAAUCACCAGAAUCAUAUAAAUCAAAACACGAAGGACCUCGAGACAAAGUAACCCAAAUCAUACUUAGAAUUAGGAAAACGCUCGAAGACUCCCAAGCCAGUGAGGCAAAAAUUGUCAAAAUAAUAAAAAAAUACGCAAAACCAUUUUAUGGAGACGUCGAAAAUGAGGAUUGUCAACUGACCAAUGAAGAAUAUUUGCAAACUUCAGUUGGUUUGUUAUUUAAACAUUAUCUGGACAAUAUCGAGUGUUACGGCGACGACCAUGAGAGUGCAAUGAAUAAAAGAUUGAUUUUACGCCACACGAAGAAUAGAUACUUGAUUCGACCCAGAAAUGGGCCCGUACUAAUAACUAACGAUGACUAUUUUAAACCAGACAAUGGUAUAUACAUUGACGGUGAGGUCUAUAAAGACUUUCAAAAGGGGAAAAUACCAGGAGAUAGAUCUAGUCGAAACAGACGAGGGUCUGAACUAGACAGAAACCCACAGCAUCAGGCCCCAUCACGUAGAAGUGGAAUUGGAAACGAUAAAACUCGAUUGAUCGAUCGAACUUUUACAAGAUAUAGGAAUAACAAUGUCAAAUCUGAUGGAACGAAAACGAAAAGUAGAUGUGAAAGAAAUGCAAUUCGCAAACUGACAAGCGGAUUGCGACCUGUGAUAGAAAGAUUUUCUUUGCUACAGGAAUGCCAAAUUGACAACACAUUAAGAUCUCAAUAUGAUUAUCCAAAUUCUCAUUCCCCGUACUACUUGUACGCUUCCAGAUAUUUUUCGGAUGACAAUGAAGAAAAUCACCACUAUAGGAAACCUUUGCCCAUUGAUAGAUUGACUAGAAAAAAUACAGAACGUAGUAAACUACUUGAGUCACCUAAACAAGACUUUGAAAAAGAGGAUUUUGUUCGUGAUGAUGGCGACACUUGGAUUAGAAAACAAUCCAACUCAAACGUAAAGCGCAGUGACGUAAAAGAUCGAACAGCGGAGACUGCUACUGAGAAUCACAAUACAAACAAUGAUUUCCAGUCGCCACCCAUUUACGAUGAUUACGACGGUUUAUUUAAAACACCGCCAUUAAUAAGGAACCCACUUAGUUCCGUAAUUAACAUAAAGAAGAUUAUAGAUAAGGUAAACAAUAAAACUACACACACUAAAGACAAAGACAAAGAAAAUAAAGCUCUUACACACAGAAAACAUGCAUCUACUACUUCCAAACCUGAGCGAUAUAUAGAUGAUGAUAAAGGAAUUGAUUACGAUUAUUCAAAUGAAAGUGAACACAGUAAUGAAAAUAUAAAUCCUAGUGUUGAAAACGAUAAUCAUAGUGCUGAUAUUAUUGAAGAACCGUUCCAAGAUUUAACUAGACUUAGAAGUUCCGAUAACGUGUUCCAAGAAAAAAAGAACACACGUACAUAUGAAAGUCUUUCGGAAUUCAUUAAAAAGGCUCGAGACGUAUCAUUGCGGACACCAGAAGUUACUAUGCCUUUCGCGUUAGAUGAUAGUAAAGGGUACGUAGAACUCACUUAUCUAAUGAAAUAUCCAAGAAUACUUGUGUACCGACCACAGUUUCUUGUGAAAAACCUAAUACCAUACGAUACCUUUGUCAAAACAGCUAAUAAUUUCAAUAUGAAUAAUAACGAUGUACGUUUGAUGAAAAUUGUUAGACAUUUGCCCGAUAAAACUGUUAAUGUUCUAUUCGAAACUGAAGACUAUGACGACCCAUUACAGAUUCGUAACGCUAAUGAAACUUUGAAUAGUAGGAGGUCUGCUUGGACUAGGAAUUAUAAUAUAUUACCGGGCUACAAACGACCAUCUCCUAAAAUUUUACGUGAUUUAGGUACAAUCAUCGAUCAACUUCGUAACACUAAUAUGCAAAACAGUUUAAUUAGGGAUGAUAAAAAUGAGAAUUUAUUACCAACCGACACUAAGACAGUCACUACAUAUGACAAUGAACAUACGAGUUCUAAACCAGAUACUCUACACGACACAUCAACUCCAGAUUGCAAAUCAACAACAACAACUACUGAGGUAAACGACAGUGAUAUGUUAGGGGUACUAAACAAUAGGUUUUCGGAGAUAGGUUCAGAAUCGUCGCAAAACUUUUACGAUGACUUAAUGUAUUAUCCAAAAUUAGCAAACUUUUAUAGAGCACACGGAGUAACACCUACAUCAACAACGACUAUUAAACCUAAACGUAAUCCAGCUACAUCAAUUGCCAAGAAGAUUUGGAAUGAAUUGAUGAGAAUAUUGAAAAUUAGACUGCAGAAAUUUAUGGGAAAUAAUAUACCGAAUGUUACUAAAAACUUUAAGAAAUUGAUGGCUUGAUGUUCGAGGUAUCUCAGCUGCCCACAACGCCAUCAGUUAGCACUCCAACAUAAUCGUAGUCUGGUUAAGUAAAGGUAAAAGGUAGAAAGAAGCGUGAAGAUGGAUGGAUGUCUUAAAAAAAGAUCAAAUAAAUAAA